GCUGUGAGCUGACUGCCAGUACCAAAUCCUACACGUUUCAGGUGGACGAGGAAGAUGACUCCGACCACAUUUUGGCCUUGUCUGUGGUCUGCCUCACGGACGGUGCCAAGGACGAGUGCAAUGUGGUGGAGGUAGUCGGACGAAACCACGAGAACCAGGAGAUCGCUGUGCCCGUGGCAAAUCUGAAGUUGUCAUGCCAGCCCUUGCUGAGUCUGGACAACUUCAAGCUGCAGCCUCCAGUGACCUUCCGCCUGGUGGCAGGCUCUGGCCCGGUACACCUCGCCGGCUGGCACCAGAUCGUGCACAGGGAAGAUGCUUCCUUUGAGGAGGACGAUGACUUGUCUGAGGAGGAGGAGCCGGAGCUUGCUCCUAUCAUGCCAGCCAAGAAGUAGAAGAGGAAGCAGUACCUUAUCUCCAGUCAAGGUAUUCUCUGGGACUUCUCUCUUCUGAUGGCUUUUACCUCGGACACCUCUUGCCAGGACCUCAACGUUUGCUGCUUUAUUUUAUUUUUUUUUCUGUUGUAAAUUUUUAGGGAGCAGAGGCUGCUCCCAGCACUGGGCUGUCUCCUUUCCCACAGCCCUGGGAGACUGAUCCCAAGAUGGGAUGAAUGCUGCUGGUAUAUCCCCUCUCCCCCAUCCCUGUGCUGGGAGUUGGGGAUGGAGGAGGUGAUCCUUGCCCUGUGCCUUUUUGCUGCCCUGGACCUCUGCUCUGUACACCCCCUGUCCCUGGCUCUGAAAUACCCAGUCCUGGCCCCUUCCCCAGCAGAUGGAUGUAAAGCCAGUGUUGGGACAGGCAGUUUCACUGAUUCUAGUGUGUUUGCUGUUCUUUACUCACAAUUUGAUGAUUUUUAUACA